AUGCUGUUUAAAGAAUUUAUUUUCAUCUACUUAGCUACGAUAGCAAUCUCUAGCAGCAGUCAAAGGUGUUCACCUUCACCGUUACAGCAACGAAUUAGCAAUGCGGACUAUGUUAUCACUGCCAAAGUUCUCAAUAUCAAUCGAAAUCAACAACAGCCAACUUAUUCCAGCAAUGUUGAGGUGAUUGAAGUAUUUAAGCCGCCACGUUUGUCUCUACCGCUAUCAAUAACUAUUGAUAACUUUGGCAAUACCAGAAUAUGCCGUUCAAAUGUUAACACUAAUGACACCAGGAUACUAUUAUUUAAUGGCAGUAGCCAAAAAUAUGUCCUUUCCACAUCGUUCGAAUAUGUUACUGAGGAACGAUUAAAAUUAAUACGAACUGCCGUUCAAGAUCCAACAGGAGAUCAUCAGCUAGAUUCCAAAGUCAGAACCUGCUCAGAAAUUGUCUGUCGCAUGGGUGCUACCUGUAGUAACGAAAUUCAAGAGGGCCAAUGUUCUUGUAUAGAUUGUCAUAAUUUAACCAAGUCAGAGCCUGUAUGCGCGAGCGAUUUGAAAGUCUAUUCAAAUACAUGCCAAUUAGAACGUCAGUCGUGCCUAACAGGGACCCAACUAAACAUCUUACCGCGAGAUAAUUGUGAUACAGCUAAUCCUUGCAAUAAUAUUACAUGCGAGAACUAUUCAAUCUGUCGAUUGGAAAGUAAUGGAAUAACCGAUAAUAAUCCGACUUGCCGAUGCCCUACGAAUGUGUGCUCAUUAUAUUACAAUCCCAUUUGCGGUAAUAAUAAUAAGACUUACUACACGCAAUGCCAUAUGAUACAAGAUUCUUGUCAAAAUAAUAUCACCGUCAUUAAAAGCUAUGGUGGAGAAUGCGCCUCAGAUGCAACCGAUUGCCGCACAUUCCGAUGUUUCCAAAAUGGUCAAUGUCUAAACCGAACUUUUGGCUACUACACUUGUCAAUGUCCCCUUGGUUAUACCGGUACUUACUGCCACCAAGAUCAACAAGAUGCAAUCCCGUCAUUUCAUGAUGGUUCUUAUAUUCGAUUUAAAAAUACGUCAACUUGGGAUAGAGAAGUUAAUUUGACAAUCGAAUUUAUGCCAUCAGUAUUUGAUGGUCUCAUAUUAAUUGGAGGUAAUCUAGUUUCAUCUAAUGGGGACUAUUUUGCCCUGUCCCUUCGCUCGCGGUAUAUCGAAGCAAGUUUCGAAUUAGGUAGUGGUAAAGGAACUGCAUCAAGUAAAAUAGCAGUUGAAGUUAAUCGAUGGUAUCGGGCAACUGUCAAACGAUCAGGGAGAGAUUUUACGAUACAAGUAAAUGAGGAACCUCCGGUGGUGGGUAAAGUUCCAGGUUCAUUAUCCGAGCUGAAUUCACUAACUGAUAUUUAUCUAGGCACUUUACCAUCUGGUUUAUCAACAUCAAACCAAUUUCGAAGUCGAAUACAAAUGAAUCAAAACUUUGGGGGUUGCAUUCGAUCAUUAGAUAUUAAUAAUAUUGAAUAUAACUUAAAUGUUCCAUCAUCCAAUAAGCCAGACAAUGUUGUAUCUUAUUAUCAAUUAACAAGAUGUGUUGCAAAAAACCCUUGCUCCCCAAACCCAUGUCAAAAUGGGGGUGGAUGUAGUCCACUGAGUGGCAAUCGAUAUUUUCAGUGUGCUUGCCCAACAGAUUAUGCUGGUUUACUGUGUGAACGUCGCUCUGCUGUCUCAGUUUGUGCCUCUAACCCUUGUCCAGCUAACUCAACAUGCACUCAUGAGGCUGGAAAAUCUGAUUCAUGGAAAUGCUUGUGUCCAUUAGGGAAAAUAGGACAGCGUUGCGACCAAGUAUUGCAAUCUAGCCCAUUUAGUCCCUACUUUGGUGGCCAGUCGUAUUUGGAAUAUACGGAUAAAACAAGCGAUUAUUUUGCAGCAUCUUCUGUCACAAUUAAUUUAAAAGUUAAACCUCUCAAGCCAAAUGGGCUAAUAUUUUAUGGCUCACAACGAGAAGACAAUAGAGGAGAUUUUAUAUUGCUGAACUUAGUGGAAGGUUAUUUGGAAUUUAGAUUUGAUUUGGGUUCCGGAACGGCAGUUAUUAGGAGUGCUAGUCCGCUUACACUGAAUAAUAGUCAUGACAUUAAUAUCACACGAAAUGGUCGUUAUGGUACUAUGAGAAUUGACCAGCAGCCCGAAGUUAGAGGAAUUGCCUCGGGCUCCUUCGUCUUGUUAAGUUUGUUUGCACCGUUUUACUUUGGUGGUCAUCCGAAUUUUGCUGCUAUGAAUUCCAAAACAAAGAUUAAGACUGGUUUAGUAGGCUGUAUUGAGUCGGUCACUAUUAACGGACAAGAGAAACAACUGGUUAAAGAUGCUAUAUAUGGUGCCGGCGUUAGUUCAUGUAAUGAUUGCCAAAGAAAGCCGUGCCAAAAUGGUGCACAGUGUAGUCUUGGUGUUCAGGGAUAUUUAUGUAAUUGCCCACAAUAUUAUACUGGCGAAAAUUGUUCACAAGCAAUAGAGGUAUUUGGUCCCUCUGUAGCCUUCGAUGGUGGCAACGUUUACACGCUAAGAAAUAAUAUUUCGGCAGAUGAAAAAGAAUUUAAUUUCAACACAAUUGAAUUACAACUUAAAACAUUCAAUCUUCAUGGUCUUAUUCUCUGGAGCGGCCCAAGGAACUACUCCCAAAAUCAGCGGAGACCUUUCAUCGCUUUAGCCGUUACGAAUGGAAAUAUCCAAUUAAGAUUUAACCUGGGCACACAAGAUAACCAUAUAACCAGCACGGUCCGCAUCAACGAUGGAAACUGGCAUACUAUUAAAGCUUACCGAAUCGGUCGACAGGCAAAUUUAACUGUAGAUACAGAAUUUCGUUCGACUACGGUAUCAACUGGAAGUCCACAAAUAGCGGUUGAUGGCGAUCUAUUCUUAGGUGGCCUAAAUACUACUCCAAAGAAAAAUUGGAAUCUCUACCGCUAUAAUUAUGUUGGUUGCAUUCGAAAUAUUCAGAUACAACAUCAUAAAGUCAAUAUUGUUACUGACCUAAAAGUUCCGCAACAACACACCACAUGCGAAGCAUUUGAAGUCACAGGUCCUUCCCUUGCAUUUGAUGGCAGAUCUGCUUAUCCCUAUUUAAAUAAUGUCGAUAACAGAUUGACGGUAUCCAGUAUACAAUCAUUCCAGUUAUCUUUUAAAACACUAUCCUCAAAUGGUCUGAUUUUAUGGCACGGAAAUCAGAAGCCUGGCGAUUUCAUAAGCGUCGGAAUUCGUAAUAAAUUCGUGGAGUUGAAUUAUAACUUAGGAAGUGGAACAAAAACUCUCACUGGUGGCUGGCAGCAGGUUAAUGAUGACAAAUGGCACAAGGUUUUAGUGGACCGACAGAGCCGAUAUGGUAAUUUAACGGUAGAUGGACGAUCUAUCACUGGUUUUGCAAACCCAUCAGCAACGGAGCUCAAUGCUGCAGAUUAUCUGUAUUUAGGCGGCGUGGAAAAUAUAGCAGCCAAAACAUCAAACUUGUAUUAUUCAUUCUAUGAGGGUUGUGUAAAAGAAGUUAAACUGAGUGGAGUUUCACUUAACAUGCAACGAGAUAUCCAAAUCAGGCAGCGACUUUAUACAUGCCAACAAAACGCCGAAUUUGGUCCAGCUUAUUGGUUUACGCCAACAUCGUACAUUACCUUAUUAAGCGCUGUCACUGAAAAGAAAAACUCGUUUUCAUCAAACCGUUACGAAUUUCUUGUACGUGGAUAUCAUAACGGAUUGCUGUUAUGGUUAGGCCAAUCUCAGCCUAACCCUAAUAGAGACUAUCUUGGGGUAGCCAUUGUUAAUAACAGAGUGCAAUUAAGAUUCAAUGUUGGUUCUGGGAAAAUCGAAAUUGUCGUCGAUGUCAUCGUUACCGAUGGCUAUUGGCAUAAAGUCAAGAUUGAGCGAAAUGGAUCUUCAGGAACUUUAACUGUCGAUGGUGUAUCACAAAAAUCGAACCCAAGAGAGGGAGCUUCCGUCCUCAAUGUAGACGGCAAUAUUCUUAUUGGGGGCACACCGAACAUAGCUACUACAACAUCCAAUAAGUAUCUAGAAAACUAUCGUGGUUGUCUAAAAAAUUUCGUAAUUGAUGGUUUUGUUGUCAAUUUGCAACUUAUGGCUACUGAAUCAGUUAAUACCAAGUCAUGUCCAGGCUAUGAACCACCAGUAUCGUUUAGUGGAUCAAAAGCAGUUCGUUACUUAUCGGAUGUCAAUCGUGGAUUACGUGCAUUCCGUCAAAAUUCUUUGCGCUUAACUUUCAAGACAAGGAAAUCAACAGCAGUCCUGUUUUGGCUCGGAAACGAUAAUGAUCCUCGAUUGAGAUCAGAUUAUAUGUCGGCAGCUGUUGAAGCUGGCUAUUUUAAAAUCAGAUAUAAUUUAGGUGGUGGUGCGACUUCCUCUACAAUAUUAACUUUAAGAGUUGAUGAUAAUCAAUGGCAUACUGUUUACAUUAACCGAAAUCUAACAAAUGCUCUUCUGUAUGUCGACCAUUUGGAGACAUCUGCAAUAUCGCUUCAAUUUCAACAAGAAUUGAAUGUCGCAAGCUAUUUCUAUCUAGGUGGUGUUCCAGAAAAUAAUAUAGACUAUACUAGUAAUGAUAAUUUCAUUGGCUGUAUGGCAAACGUAGAAGUAAAUGGCAAGAUAGUACAGUUAUCAGAUGAUGCUGUUGAUCCAAAUAUUUCCCUUCCUAGAUGUCAAUAA